GCGCGCCCGCCCGGGCGCACCAACUCCCGGCCAAGCCAACUUGCCCCUGGCCGCGCUGCGGAAUGAGACCGCUCCCGCUGGGUCUGCUCCUCGCCGGCGUCUUCCUCUUCCACCAAGAGCUGGACCUCCAGAGGAGAGGACGUUGCCUGGUGCUCGGCUACAUGGCCAAGGACAAGUUUCGGAGGAUGAAUGAAGGCCAAGUGUACUCCUUCAGUCAGCAGCCGCAGGACCAGGCGGUGGUGUCAGGCCAGCCCGUGACGCUCCUGUGUGCCAUCCCCGAGUACGAAGGCUUUGUGCUGUGGAUCAAAGACGGCCUGGCUCUGGGCGUGGGCAGGGACCUCUCCAGCUACCCGCAGUACCUGGUGGUGGGGAACCACCUGUCCGGGGAGCACCACCUGAAGAUCCUGCGGGCCGAGCUGCAGGAUGACGCCGUGUACGAGUGCCAGGCCAUCCAGGCAGCCAUCCGCUCCCGCCCCGCGCGCCUCACGGUGCUGGUGCCGCCCGACGACCCCGUCAUCCUGGGGGGGCCCGUGAUCAGCCUGCGGGCGGGGGACCCCCUCAACCUCACCUGCCACGCUGACAACGCCAAGCCUGCCGCCUCCAUCAUCUGGCUGAGGAAGGGGGAAGUCAUCAACGGGGCCACCUACUCCAAGACCCUCCUCCGAGACGGCAAACGGGAAAGCAUCGUGAGCACCCUCUUCAUCUCCCCCGGCGACGUGGAGAACGGCCAGACCAUCGUGUGCCGCGCCACCAACAAGGCCAUCCCCGGAGGGAAGGAGACCUCGGUCACCAUCGACAUCCAGCACCCCCCGCUUGUGAACUUGUCGGUGGAGCCGCAGCCGGUACUGGAGGACAAUGUGGUCACGUUUCACUGCUCGGCCAAGGCCAACCCAGCUGUCACCCAGUACAGGUGGGCUAAGCGAGGCCAGCUCAUCAAGGAGGCGUCCGGAGAAGUCUACCGGACCACCGUGGACUACACGUACUUCUCCGAGCCGGUAUCCUGCGAGGUGACCAACGCCCUGGGCAGCACCAAUAUCAGCCGCACGGUGGACGUCUACUUCGGGCCCAGGAUGGCCGCGGAGCCCCAGUCCCUGCUGGUGGACCUCAGCUCGGACGCCGUCUUCAGCUGCGCCUGGAUCGGAAACCCGUCCCUGACCAUCGUCUGGAUGAAGCGGGGCUCUGGCGUGGUCCUGAGCAACGAGAAGACACUGACCCUCAAAACUGUCCGCCAGGAGGACGCCGGCAAGUACGUGUGCCGAGCUGUGGUGCCCCGGGUGGGCGCCGGGGAGCGAGAGGUGACCCUGACUGUGAAUGGGCCCCCCAUCAUCUCCAGCACCCAGACCCAGCACGCGCUCCACGGAGAGAAGGGUCAGAUCAAGUGUUUUAUCCGGAGCACACCGCCCCCCGACCGAAUCGCCUGGUCCUGGAAGGAGAAUGUGCUGGAGUCGGGGACCUCGGGGCGCUACACGGUGGAGACGGUGGGCACGGAGGAGGGCGUCAUGUCCACGCUGACCAUCAGCAACAUCGUGCGCGCCGACUUCCAGACCAUCUACAACUGCACCGCCUGGAACAGCUUCGGCUCCGACACGGAGAUCAUCCGGCUCAAGGAGCAAGGUUCGGAAAUGAAGUCGGGAGCCGGGCUGGAAGCAGAGUCCGUGCCCAUGGCCGUCAUCAUUGGGGUGGCCGUAGGAGCCGGCGUGGCCUUCCUGGUCCUCAUGGCGACCAUCGUGGCCUUCUGCUGUGCCCGGUCCCAGAGAAGUACGGGAGGGAGACCCGGGAUCUCAGGGAGGGGGACAGAGAGAAAGGCCAGGCUUAGGCUGCCCCGGAGAGCAAAUCUCAAAGGGGUGGUGUCGGCCAAGAACGACAUCCGCGUGGAGAUCGUGCACAAGGAGCCCUCGUCCGGGCGGGAGGCGGAAGAUCACCCCAGCAUCAAGCAGCUGAUGAUGGACCGGGGUGAAUUCCAGCAGGACUCGGUCCUGAAGCAGCUGGAGGUCCUCAAGGAGGAGGAGAAAGAGUUUCAGAACCUGAAGGACCCCACCAACGGCUACUACAGCGUGAACACCUUCAAGGAGCACCACUCGACGCCCACCAUCUCCCUGCCCAGCUGCCAGCCGGACCUGCGGCCAGCGGGCAAGCAGCGGGUGCCCACGGGCAUGUCGUUCACCAACAUCUACAGCACCCUGAGCGGCCAGGCCCGCCUCUACGACUACGGGCAGCGCUUCGUGCUGGGCAUGGGCAGCUCGUCCAUCGAGCUGUGCGAGCGGGAGUUCCAGCGCGGCUCCCUGAGCGACAGCAGCUCCUUCCUGGACACGCAGUGCGACAGCAGCGUCUCAAGCAGCGGCAAGCAGGACGGCUACGUGCAGUUCGACAAGGCCAGCAAGGCGUCCGCCUCGUCCUCGCACCACUCGCAGUCCUCGCAGAACUCCGACCCCAGCCGGCCCCUGCAGCGGCGGAUGCAGACUCACGUCUGA